GCAAUUGGGUUUUCGUCAGAGUCCACAGCUGAUUCUUUAUUGUCUUUCUCACUCUAUUUGUGUGUUCAAACUAAGCUUGAUAUUUAUGAAAAACAGUGUUGAUUCUUAUCUGCUAGUCUGCUGCUACAUAGAACAAUUGUGAAGUGUAGACCUGGGUUUACCUUUAUUAAUUAUUAUUUCCAUUUUUUUCAUAGCCGCCUCUUCUUGUUCAGCUCCCAGUCUCUUCUUUUGCACGCCCCAGAUUCCUAGAAACCCACCUUCCCUUGGUUCUCAGUGGAAAGUUUAGUUAUUUUGUCUUUUCUUAUGUGUGGGUGAAUUGGGUAGUCUGAAUUCUAACAACAAUUGUUGAGUUCCAUGGUCUUGUCUUGGAUCCCUUGCCAGCUGUCACUCUGAGGCUUUUUGUCCGAUUGGGUGAUCGAGGUGUUUUGGAGAAAUUUAGGAAACACUGUGCAGCUGUAACUUCAUCCAAGCAACUUUUUUUUCACGGUCAUCUUUUGUAAUCGCUGUCAGAAAUUGAUCUUGCCUUGUUUUCAUUCAGAAAUUCAAUUCAAUUCAUGGUGGCCCAAUUUGGUGAAUUGGGCCAACACCUUUGAUUGCUUGGCGGGUUCUUCUGGUCAAUAUUUUGGAACUGUGGCGAUGGUUUGUGUUGUAGGCUGAAUAUGAUGCUUGAUCAGGACUCUGCCGGUUUUGUUCGGUAGUUUUAUGCACCUGAUUGCUACUGUGUUGCUACAAGGAGAUGCUUUCCUAUUGGAUUGCGGUGUUUAGUUAAUAAUGGCCAUUUCUGCGUUAUUCUUGGUUGUGCUGCUGCAAUUGUCAACAAUUUUUGGCUCGGAGGUUGUCUUACAGUCAAAGGAAUGUGGCACUGAUUGGGUGGCACAUUCACAUGCUAGUCAUGGUCAGGAACUUUUCUACAUAAACGGCAAUGUAGUGGACAAGGUUGCUUUCUGUGAGUCUCUCCAAUCGUAUACUGAAAAGGGGUGUGAUGUGAACGACUACUUUGGAAGUGUUAAAUGUGUGACGGAUGUUUCUUUUGUGGAUUUUCCUUUAAAGGCAGGGAGGAAACUUCUUAAAAAGGAUUCAAAUACCGAAUCUAAACCGCAAGGAGAUUCUAAGCCUAUCCCAGUCCACGUGGUUGGUAUUUCUGCAGGGGGAGCUCUGUUUGCAUGUUGUCUUGUUCUUUGUCCUUGUUUCUUUAAGAGAAGGAAAGCAACUUCUCAUGCUGUUCUGAGCAAGGACCCCAAUUCAAUGGAUUCCGUUUCCUCCUUUGAAGCCUCCGUUAAUGACAAGAUUCCGGCCAGUCCACUACGAGUGCCAGCUAGUCCGUCAAGAUUCUCAAUGUAUCCAAAACUCAGUAGACUUCAAUCAUUGCAUCUUGAUCUGAACCAAGUUACAAGAGCUACUCAUAACUUCUCAGAAACAUUGCAAAUAGGAGAAGGGGGUUUUGGAACUGUCUACAAGGCCAAAUUGGAAGAUGGUCUGGUCGUGGCUGUAAAACGUGCGAAAAAGGAACAUUUUGAUAGUUUGAGAGCAGAAUUCAGCAGUGAAGUUCAACUUUUGGCCAAAAUUGAUCAUCGAAACCUGGUGAAGCUACUAGGUUAUAUUGACAAAGGAAAUGAACGCCUUCUUAUUACAGAGUUUGUGCCAAAUGGUACCCUUAGAGAACAUUUGGAUGGCAUGCGUGGAAAAACACUAGACUUCAAUCAGCGCCUUGAAAUUGCAAUUGAUGUUGCUCAUGGCUUGACCUAUCUACAUCUGUAUGCAGAAAAGCAAAUUAUCCAUCGAGACGUGAAAUCAUCCAACAUUCUGCUGACAGAAAGCAUGCGAGCUAAAGUUGCUGAUUUUGGAUUUGCAAAGCUAGGGCCUGUAAACACUGAUGAGACACACAUUUCUACCAAAGUGAAGGGAACAGUUGGUUAUUUGGAUCCUGAGUAUAUGAAAACAUACCAACUCACUCCCAAGAGUGACGUUUAUUCGUUUGGAAUUUUGCUUUUAGAAAUUGUGUCUGGCCGCCGUCCCGUUGAGUUGAAGAAAUCUGUUGAAGAGCGUGUUACACUUAGAUGGGCCUUCAAGAAGUACAACGAAGGAAGUGUAGUGGAACUGGUGGAUCCUUUAAUGGAAGAAGCAGUAAACACAGAUGUUCUGAUGAAGAUGUUUGAUUUGGCAUUUCAAUGUGCAGCACCCAUUCGAGCAGAUAGACCUGACAUGAAAUCGGUGAGCGAGCAGUUGUGGGCAAUAAGGGCAGCUUACCUCAAGAGUGCAAGGAGAACAUGAGUAGUUGUAUUUGAUGAUGAUAUAGUGAAGUUGGUCUUUAUCUCUUUUUUUCUUUAUCUAUCCUGAAGUGAUGUCAUUUGAAUCUUUCUCGGUGACUUUAUUUAUUCCACAGUACACUGCCUAAUGAGUCAUUAUUGUGAAGUGUGAACAUUACUUAGGAAGUGGCAACCCAAUGCUGGCUCAGAAAGCAAGACCUGAAUAAACAAACUUCGACAAAAGAAAAUAUACGGCAAGGAACUUCCUUGUGUUGCCACUGAAGUAUUUGUCUGUGUAGAGUUGAAAGUGGAUUUUGUAAAAUAUGGAUUUGUUCUUAAAGGAUGAAGUGUUUCUUUUUA